GGCAGUGGCACCACCCUCAGAAUAAGAUACGUCACUCACUCUCCAAAAUAUGGUCUGAACUACAUGUCCAACCUUAGCACUUUGUGGGUUUAAUGACUCUAAACCAUACUAUAAAAUCCUCGGUUUACGGUUUUAGGUAUUCAUAUGAAAGAAAACAGAUCUUUUAUGGCCGAUUAUCAAACUUUAUUGAGACAGAAAAUAAAGAAAAGCCUAGAAGAAAAAGAAGACUAUUGGACACGGUGCAAGCCUGCGUUCCCUCCUCAGUUGUCCACACCACACCUUCCCCUAGGCCGGCCCGAUGCCCAGACACAUCGCCUUCAUCAUGGACGGCAACCGCCGCUACGCCCGCAAGCGGCAUGUGGAGAGGCAGGAGGGCCACACGCAGGGCUUCGACAAGCUGGCGGAGACGCUGCGCUGGUGUUUAAAUCUGGAGAUCCAGGAGGUGACUGUCUACGCUUUCAGUAUCGAGAACUUCAAGCGCUCCAAGCAGGAGGUGGAAGGGCUGAUGGAGCUGGCACGGCAGAAGUUCAGCAGGCUCCUGGAGGAACAGGAGAACCUGGAGAAACAUGGGGUCUGUAUCCGGGUGCUGGGAGACUUGGCUCUGCUCCCUCGGGACCUCCAAGAGCUCAUCGCCCAGGCUGUGCUGGCGACCAAGACCCACAACAAGUGUUUUCUGAAUGUGUGCUUCGCCUACACCUCCAGACACGAGAUCAGCUCUGCGGUGAAAGACAUGGCCUGGGGUGUGGAGCAGGGGCUCAUCAGAUCGAGCGAUGUGUCAGAGUCACUGCUGGGCAAGUGUCUGUACACCAGUAACUCCCCUGACCCCGACCUGCUCAUCAGGACGUCCGGAGAGGUGCGGCUGAGCGACUUCCUCCUGUGGCAGACCUCGUAUUCCUGCUUGGUGUUCCAGUCUGUGUUGUGGCCAGAAUAUUCCUUCUGGAAUCUCUGUGAAGCUAUACUGCAGUACCAGCUGAGCUACUGUUCACUGCAGAAGGCCCGAGAGCAUCACAGAGAGGAGCAGGCCCGGCAGCAGCUGGAAGCGGACCGGCGCUGCGUGUCCGACCUCCUGCAGCAGAACGGGUCGGGCAGAAGCCCGGACGCCCGGCAGAGGCAGGAGCUGCUGCAGAAGUACACGGUGGAGAGGGAGACGAGGGUGCAGGGCUUCCUCGGGGCCUUGCAGCAGAGGCGGGACAGCUUCUUCACCGUCUUGAGCGAGGCGUCUUUGGCGUCUGUGAGCGCCUAGCCCCGGCGGAGGCGGGGGGGAGGGGCCCCAUUUUUAGUGACAUGUAAUUGGGAGAGGGUGGGGUGGGGGAGUCAGGUGGAACUACCAACACACAAUUUUAUUUAAAUUCUGUAUAUAUGGAGACAAAGGAAUUUUACCCCUAUGGGGCGUUAAAGAAUAAAAGUUCUUCCUGUGCUGACGUGAUGAAGGAAUUUCUGUCGCUGUGCUCCCUACAGUGUGGAAACGUAUCCCUGUGCUGCUGUUCCGUCAGUUUUCCGCUGUCCUCUGGCGGAGGGCUGUUUCUGUUCUGGGGGAAACGCCCCCCGCGGUGUCUGCGGCUGCUGUUCGAUCAUUGUGUUGUGACCCCCCCCCCGAUUACAGCCAGGUGGAGACGGUGGCGUUUAUGGAUCAAGCCCCUCUCUUCUCUUUUUUGCAGCACUUUUGUACUUUUCUGCAGCGUUUUUGCCGAUAUGCCAUUUGUUCACAAAAUGUAAAGCCGUCUUUACUGCAAAAAGCCCUUCAUUCUUCACGGCUUCCGCCAGCAUUCUAAAGAGCACAGCAAAGGUCUUGUAAGUGUAUUACGGUUUGGUUUUAAACCACAACAUCUAAAGGCAGUGAAUUGAAAUUGAAAAGGCAGCGGGUCGUUGUCUUCCCACCUGUGAGGAGCGGUGUGUGUUCUGAUGGACUGCCAGAGCUCCUGAGGGUUCGGAGAUCUCCUGUCUGCUCCAGAUCUGCUGAACUGAUGUACCUGAUCUUCCCAGGAGCACUGUUCUGGCCCUCCAGAUUCAUGCUCCCCCUGUUAGGAGUGUUUGUUUUGAAGCAGACAUGUCCCUGACAGGUUUGCAACAACAGUGUGUUGUGAAAACAACAUUGUAUAUGUUCCUGAUGUUUUCUUCAUAAUACUGAAAGCCAUCCUCAACAACUAAGUAUGGUCAAGAGGGAGCGGUCAAAGCAGAAGAAUGUUUUCGGUUUUGCUAAGCUUGGCUAGCUCGUCGCAUGCAAACGCUCGUGCCGGUUAAAACAAGUGACCGGCUCCUACAUUGUCGUCCUAACAGCUAGCAAUCUUUUCGCCUGGCUGGGGCUGUGCAGUGUUUCCUGUCGGGCGGAACAGGGGAGGGCGUGACGCAGCGCAGAGCGCGAGGUUGGCGAGACCUUGGCCAGGCCUCCGAUCCCACGGGCCACGCAGCCUGGAUGAGCUUCGGAGCUCCGGCUCUGAAGGCCCAGCUCUCAGCCACGCUCUCCAGGCCAGAGGAGGGGCUGGGGCUUCAGGCUUCAAGUGGGCUUUAAGCUGCUUUGAGAGUGGAGCCUGAUAGUCCUGGGGUUUCAGUAGAUUGUAGCAGUGGGGAGGCUUGACAAGGUUUUGUGGGACCUGUAACUCCCCUGUCUCCUCCCCUUGCAUUCCCUAAAUGGGCAGGGGCAGGGGCGUGUGCUGUUCUGGAUCGGUGUCGCCCGUCCAUCGCACUGUUUCAUGCAAUAGCUGCAGCCCAGGGUGCUGGGGGUGGUUGCAGUGGGCUUCUCCUCUUCCUCUCAUGGCAGCGAAGAACACCGUUUCACCGACAUGGAGACAGUGGAUAAGCGCCAGAGUGGAACAUGGCUCUGCCUGUGGGUUUCUCUGGCAGUUGUCCCUCUUUCACCAAAAUCAAUGGGAGAUGGACAGCCUGACUUCUGUGAACUGAACUGUUAUUUUUAGCCAAAUAAAGUCAUUAUCCUACCAGCUGCGUGAUGCCUGGAAGGUAAGUCCCAGCGAAGACGCACAUUUCCAUGCGUAAGUGCCCCUCCACCUGUGAAAUACACACUUUGAGCUACGUCUUACACAUUUUAUUAGGACCUCAACCUAUCAUUUCUAAAAUUGACUGUUUUUGUAGCUUAAUGUUAAUCAAUUUCAAGUUAUUUUGUCAGGUGAAAGAUUUCCCAUUGCUAUAUGAGAGAAAAGAUUUAAAUGUUGCCUUAAAUCAAGUGCUUAAGUCUCUCCUUGAUUCUGAAAUGACUGAAUGUUGUUGGACAGUAUAGUACAUUUUUGCACCUGGGAUGUGGAUUGUUUAAUUUGCAAUUAAUUUAAAGUUGAAGUAUUUAAAUUAAAUAGGCAGCAAAUGGUAGGAUUACAAAGUAGUCCCCGCUGUCGAACACAUUGCUGUGUAUCUUAAACACUGCAGUCAGUAGUCAAAUCCUUCGGGUGUGUAGCACUGUAUCGUCAUAAAUGUAACUCAGCAGCGCCAUACCGAGCGCCCCGUCCACGUCGAGCACUGCAACUGCAUAAAAAGGCGCCUGUCUCUUUAAGGGAGGUGCUACACCCCCUAGCACGUGAUGCGGUUUCCAGCCAAUGCCUGCGUCCGAGAUGCAAAAAUCUGGUUCAAACCGGUUUCCAUCUUAUAUUUCUAUAUAAAAACUUUAUAAAAGAUACAGCCAUUAUAUUACAUUUACCAUUGCUUAACGGUUUCCUCCGGACCUGCCCGCAGCGGUGAACGAGCUUUCCUUUUCUCCUAGUUGUGUUGCAAGUGAAAGCGGUUAAGAUGCCUAAAAGAAAGAUGGAAGUAGAUAAAUCUACCAAGUCCAAGGAAGAGCCAAGACGUUCUGCAAGGUUGUUGGCUAAACCUGCUCCGCCAAAGCCUGAGCCCAAACCCAAAAAGACUGCACCUAAGAAGGCAGUUAAAGGGAAAAAGGGGAAAGGUGAUGCUGGAAACAACCCUGCUGAAAAUGGUGAUGCCAAGACGGAUCAGGCACAGAAGACCGAGUCGGCUGGCGACGCCAAGUAAACUGCGUUUUAAUCUUUUGAUAAUUCUAUGUACUUGGUGACUGUACAGUUUGAAAUAACUAUUUUUUAUCAAGUUUUAUAUAAAAAUGCAGUUGUUAGAAAUCCAUUGUUAGCUUACAUUUGAUGUAUUUGAAACUGUGUGCAAAAGGGGUUAUUGUUAGUUUAAAACUUUUUUUAUGCCAUUGUUAGAAAAACUCCGUCCGUACAAUGUUAAAGCAAGGUUGUGCCCUUUGUAAUAAAGUUUAAAAACUGCUGAAUGUUGAUUUUUUUCUCUACAUUUUGGUUUUUAAAAUACAAGUUUAAAUACCAAACCUUAUCAUAAGGCAGCUAACUUAUAUUUUUAAAAAGUAGAUGUUGAAGGGAUAACCUUUUUCCCUAUCAGAUGUUUUUUUUAAUAAAUAUAUAAUUUCAGCUAAGUAGAUACAAAUGUGUAGUUUAAAAUCCAAGCACAUCCACAUAUAAUGAAAGUAAAGAACAGCAGGAAUGGCAAAAAAGUAAAAAAAAAAACAACCCUCUUGUUAAAUUUAAAAUGUGAACUUAACGUCUUUUUAAACCGAUGGAGUUGUUUUGUUUUUGUAGAGAUUGGAAGGAAGCUUCAGGCAGCCUCCCAAAAAUCGUGACGUUCUUUGCAAGUUUGCAUUAAUAAAAGAAAUACAGAAAAGUC